AUUCCUCAUUAAUUGCUAUAAAUUGAACACCUGCAGCAUAUAAUUAACACUAAAUGCAUAAUAAACUUUAUUGCAGAGCCAGCCAAGUUUGAUGAUUUAAUGUCUUGUCUUGAGGAUGUCUCUUUUAAGGAUUAAAUAUACAAUAAGUGAUAUGUAAAGGAUAAAAGUUAUUAUUUAUCAAAGCAUAACAUAAAACCAAUACAUAGACACUGUGUACUUUUAUCCUGCGAAAUUUAUGAUGGUAUUAUGAGCAAUGUUAUAGCUCAUAUAAAUGUGGUGCUUGACACGAUUCUUACACAGUUAUUUAAAGUAAACUCUAAACUUUGGUGUGGUCUGAAACGCUGUUAAAAUAAGAUUCACUUCAGCACUAAAGGCAAGACAUCAAAGAAUGAGGAAACACUGCUAGAAGUUAAGAGACAUGGAGUGGAGGUAUAAACACACAGACACACACACAUACAAACAUAAACCCCUACAUGCUGGAUCUUCCUGCUUCUCCCCAUGUGUAUGGAUUUGACUUUUAAUGCCUGUAUAAAAAAAUGCCAUAAGUGGCCUCUUGAUUGAAAAAUAUAACAUUAAAAAGAGGAAGAACAAAUGGAUAUAUGUUAGAGAAAAACAGACAGACACAACUAAGAAAAGAGAAGUGACACAGGAAGUCAAGUGGCUUGUGGUAAACAGCUCAUAGCAGUAGCAUUGAGAUGCUUAGUUCUGUAUGUGCAGAAGACCUUGAAACUUCAUAGAAUGUAUCAGGGUUUGACACUCAGCUCUAUGAACUUGUUUUCAGUGUGAUCCCAGAACGACAUUUAAUCGCCUUUUGCCUGUCACGAAUAGUGUGCGAAACGAGUGAAUUCAUUUAACAUCACAAGCAUGGGUAACAGUGGAGAAGAGGGAAAACUGCACCGAAAACUGUCUCGCAUAGGUAGCAGAAGUCAGAGAGAAUCAUCAAGACAUCCACCUCAAGCAGAAAGGCCUCCACCUGCCACCCCUCCCAGACAACCUGAUCCUGCUCCAAAACCUCCAGAGGUGGCUCCAAAACCUUUAGAGCCUGCACCCAAACAGCAAGUGGUCUCUCCAAAGCCCCCCGAUGCCACCUUAAAGCCUACCAUUCGUCCCAAACCUCAAAUACAGGUGUUCAGUAGCACAGAGCAUGGAAAUGCCAUACUUAAGGGUCUAGAUCAUUUUCGCUGCGAUAAAACCUUGUGUGAUGUCACUCUGGUGCCUGGUGAUAGCACUGAAAGCUUUCCAGUACACAGAGUGAUCAUGGCUUCAGCCAGUGACUACUUCAAGGCCAUGUUCACAGGUGGAAUGAAAGAACAGCAGCUGACUGAAAUUAAACUACAUGGAGUGAGCACCACAGGCCUAAAGAAGAUUAUUGAGUUUAUUUAUACCUCUCAGCUAAGUCUGAACUUAGGCACCCUACAGGACACACUGGAAGCUGCUAGUUUCUUGCAAGUGCUUCCAGUACUUAACUUUUGCAAUCAGUUACUUAGCAGUGAGGUCACCAUCGAAAACUGCACAGAAGUUGAGCGUAUUGCUAACGAUCUCCUCCUGGAGGAUGUCCAGACCCACUUACACAACUUUGUCUGUGAGAACUUCUCAGCCCUAGUGGAGACUGGUCGUUUUCUGGAGCUUUCUGAGGCCAGCAUAGCACAUGCCAUAUCAAGUGAUUCACUAAAAGGACUCUCAGAAAUGGAGCUCUAUCGCACUGCCCGUGCUUGGCUAGCUCAUAAUCCCAGCGAACGCCGGCCUGUGGCCUACUUCUUGAUGCGCCACAUUCGCUUCCCCCUGAUGAGCCCAGCUGAACUCCUGCAGAUAUCUCAGGAGGACCAGAUUGAUGAGGCAAAUGAUGAGGAUAAGGAAGGCAAGGAGCCAUUCAUGCGUUCUGACACAGCUUGCGUGAACCUUCUCUUGGAGGCUAGCAACUACCAGAUGUUGCCAUUCCUUCAGCCAUUACUCCAGACAGAGAGGACUCGCAUCCGUUCAGACACAACACACCUUCUGGCUCUUGGUGGCGUGAUGAGACAACAGCUGGUGGUGAGCAGAGAGCUUAGGCUGUAUGAUGAGGAAGAAGGUGGCAUCUGGAGAAGCCUACAGCCAAUGGAAGUCCCACGUUACCAGCAUGGGGUGGCCCUUUUAGGGGGCUUUCUUUAUAUCGUAGGAGGGCAGAGUACUUAUGACACAAAGGGUAAGACAGCAGUAGACAGUGUAUACAGGUACGACCCUCGAUUCGACCGCUGGCUGCAGGUGGCCUCCCUGAAUGAGAAACGGACUUUCUUCCAUUUGAGUGCUCUGAAGGGGAAGAUCUACGCUGCUGGGGGUAGAAACGCCACUGGGGAGAUCGGCACAGUGGAGUGUUAUAAUCUAAACAAGAAUGAGUGGACCUUUGUUGCACCCAUGAGUGAGCCUCAUUAUGGUCACGCUGGUACAGUACAUGGAGGACUAAUGUAUGUGUCGGGGGGAAUAACGAGAGAUGCUUUCCAGAAAGAGUUGUCUUGUUAUGACCCCGACACAAACACGUGGAGUCGCCGCGCAGACAUGAUGGAACUCCGUGGACUUCACUGCAUGUGCACUGUAGGAGACCGACUCUAUGUUAUGGGUGGAAAUCACUUCCGUGGAACAAAUGACUAUGAUGAUGUCCUUAGUUGUGAAUACUACACUCCGGAAAAUGACCAAUGGACAGUGGUGGCUCCGAUGCCCAGAGGUCAGAGCGAUGUUGGCGUGGCCGUGUUUAAAGGCAAAAUUUACGUGGUAGGAGGCUACUCUUGGAACAGCCGUUGCAUGGUAGACAUUGUGCAGUGUUAUGACCCUGAAACAGAUGAGUGGGAGAGGGUGUUUAAUGUGUUGGAGCCUUUAGGAGGUAUACGAGCUUGUACCAUGACUGUACAUCGUCCAAGCGGGUCUGUAGAUGAAGCACAGUUACAGGAAUGUCCCCUUCAAACUACUAAGAGCUGAGUAACAGAUGGUUUGACAUAGUGUCUGAUCUGAAUCAUACCAAAAACAAAGUGUGUGUGUGUGUGUGUGUGUGUGUGUGUACGUAUAUAUAUAUAUAUAUAUAUAUAUAUAUAUAUAUAUAUAUAUAUAUAUAUAUAUAUAUAUAUAUAAAUAUACAUAAACACACAGAUAGCCAGAUAGAUAGAUAGAUAGAUAGAUAGAUAGAUAGAUAGAUAGAUAGAUUUUGUUUUGUUUUUGUUUUUUUUAAUGAAGAGUGUUAUUUAGAAUUAGACAAGACUACUCUGUAUAAACAAGAAGAAUUUCCCCUUCAAAUUACUAAGAGCUGAGGAACAGAUGGUCUGAAUCAUACCAACAAGAUCGUGUAUAUAUUUUAAUUAAAUUUGAGUGAAGAGUGUUAUGAAGGACUUUAUUAUACUGCUAUAAACUGUAUAUAAAAUAUUAAUUUCACAAUAUUCACAAUGAGUCAUGAGGAACAAGAUUAAAAGCUGUAAAUAUUGUUUGUGUGCAUUGUGGAUAUUACUACAUGUUGCUUUUUUUUUUUUUCUUUGCGUAGCAUUAACAAAGCAAUACCUGCUUUUUGUACAAUCUCUUUCUGAACUACAUUUCAGUAAUCUUUUAUGAAAUAAAUAACUUCUUUUAUCCAUCUA